AUGCUGACCGGCCUCUCUGAAGACCCCCAGGACAUCGGCAACUCCAGGAAAACUGCUGUCAUCAACGGCGAGCUCAAAAGGCUUCAUGUGGACAUCGCCACUCUACAGGAAACACGUCUGGCUGACUCUGGAUCGCUGAAGAAGGACUAUACAUUCUUCUGGCAGAGGAAGAGCUCCGACGAACCACGGAGUGGGCUUCGCAGUGAGGAACGGCCUGCUGAAUACGGUAGAACCAGACAGCAACGGCCCCGAGAGACUCGUUACUCUUCGCCUCAACACUACCACAGGCCCUGUCAUCCUCGUCAACGUUCUUCCUUUGUUUCCUCGACGUCUUUCUUUCUUUUUACUGAGUACCUUUUCUCUCUCGACUCUUUUCUUUUAGCGCGUAUACAUCCGUUUCUCUCUCUCUCUCUCUCUCUCUCUCUCUCUCUCUCUCUCUCUCUCUCUCUCGCUCGCUCUCUCUCUCUCUCUCUCUCUUUAAGUUUCACGCACACUUUCCUAAAAAAAAAAUUAUGCUUCAUACACUUCACACGUAUUUUCCGUCUACCUUCUUUUCAUUUUCACGGCUUCUCCGCUUCUCUCUCUCUCAGUCACACACAGUCUUCUUUUCUUUCUCUUACUUUCUAUCUAUGGGUCUAUCGUCUCUCUUCAGCAUUUUUUUUAUAA